UCUGGGGACACCACAAGAAGGGCUAUUAUCUCUUUCUGGCCAUGACAGGACAUCUUUUGUGACAAAGUGCAUCUUUAAUAAUAGCUAUCAGGGCUGGCAGAUAAGAAGUAGCCUGUCCUCCCCUCUAUGACCAUUCUUCAGCAGAUCAUGAUGCUGCCCCAGUGCUUCCAGUGGGUGAAAAAUGCCUUUUUUUUACUCCCAGAGGAGCAUUUCUGGGCAGAGGAAUAACGUUAUAUGGCAAGAGCAAACUCCCAUAGUGGCCCCCCUGCAUCCACUGGUAUCUUCCCAUGUCAGAGCCCACAGCAAAUGAAGAAGCAUUUUGCAAAGAUGCAAAGAAGAUGCAAAGAAGCUCCCCCUUGGGGUCACUGAGGGAGGCUGGAGGGGUACUGUGGCACCACGAUACUGGAGCAUCUCACCUGGACUGUCCUCCUGCAUUUAUCUUGGAACAAAGGCAUUCUGGGAAUAUCAGCUGUCACGAGCCCCUCUGAUAGCUGAUAAAUUUGGGAACGCCCAUAUUGCACAAUGCCCUGGCCAGAGCUGCCACGCACCCAUCUGGCAGCAAUAAAAAGGAGAGGGAGCAGGAGCAUCAGCAGAGACCUGCAAGGAGCACAUCCCCAGGUACACCAGCUGUCCGCCUGCUGCAGAGAUGGUGCAAGCAACUCCCUUGCUGCUCGUGCUCUUCCUGGCCCUGGGGGCUCAUAGCCUGGCUGUGAAAAAGUGCUCCCUGACCGGGCAAUGGAGGAAUGACCUGGGCUCCAACAUGACCAUUUUGGAAGUAAAGGAAAAUGGUGACUUCACUGGCAAGUACCUCACAGCUGUGUCAGCCUCCCCAUUAAAGAUCAAGGAAUCACCAAUACUGGGGUCCCAGCGCACCACAAAUGAGAAGAAGGACCCCACCUUUGGUUUCACUGUCCACUGGAACUUUACAGACUCCAUCACUGUUUUCACGGGCCAGUGCUUUGUGGAUGAGCAUGGAAAGGAGGUUUUGAAGACCAUGUGGCUGCUGAGGUCACACGCAGAGCAACCCAUAGACGACUGGAAAGCCACCUUGGUUGGCUACAACACAUUCUGGCGCCUGCAAGAGUUUAUGGAUUGAGAGCUAGGAGCACUGGAGCUCCCAGAUAAGAGGCAGUGCCAGGCUAUAGCCCUUCCUCCUCCUUCAGCACCUCCUUCAGCACCU